AUGGCUGCUUCGUUGCAUUUGCUGAAGGAAACACUCCGUCACGAGCCCAAUGUCAUAAAUCAAGACCCGGAUAUGCAGCUACUUCGGAGAGCCGUUGAAGCUCUGCGUCGCGGUGCUCCAGAUGAUGUCUAUACUGCAGGUCGAUACUCCCGAUUUAUUAGCAUUCUGCUGGAUGUAGUGCUGAGGCUAUCCUCAAACAGAGCGGAAUCUCAGGAAGAAGCCGCUAGUCUCGCCUUAGUUAGUUACCCAACGUACAUAAUAUACGUGAACGCAUGCAUACAUGUAUAUGGUGCGAAUCUACCGAAAUAUACGACGAGUACUACCGUCGUGGAGGGAUACACUCGGAUUAAGAAUGUUUAUAUCAAACUCCGCGACGGGGUCGAACUAUGUGCCGACAUCUUCCUGCCGCUUUCGGCGUCUGAGCAAGGCAGUAAGGUCCCUGUAAUCGUCAAUGUAGGCCCGUAUGGUAAGGAUAUACCUGUCCUUGAAUUCGGCCUGCCCAAAACCGACAUGUAUGUCAACAUGUAUAAGCUCAUUAAGCCGCUGGGACCCGAUGCUUCCUUUGAGCUGUUGGAUCCUAUUCUUUGGUACGGGUAUGCCCUUGUGAGAGUGGACAGCCGUGGCAUUGGCGGCAGUCAGGGACGUCUUGAUCCCUUCGGAAUGGAAUGUUCCAUCCAGCUCAAGGCCGAUGCCGAAGGCCAGGCACGCAGUACCAGAGGAGCUGCGCUGACACGGCUGUUCAGACCUGUACGAUGUGAUCGAGUGGGCUGGCGUAUAGCCUUGGUGCUCCGGCAAGGUAGCGGUGAGCGGCAUCAGUUACUAUGGCAUGACGGGAUACUGGGCUGCCAUGCAGCAGCCUCCACACCUAGCUGCCGUGGUCACCUACGAGUCCGUAGUCGACCUCUACUAGGCAGCUCGGAAAGUGGCAUACUCUCCGCUGAGGAGCUCGCCGCGAACCGUACUGAUUAUCCUGGUCUUGUCGCAAAGCACGAGUACCCAGACGGCGACUCGUGGCGCAUCCUCAAGGAACUCCGGAAACUCUCUGAUAUCGAGGUCCCCAUCUACAUUUCGGGCAACUGGACGGAUAGCGAGGUCCACUUGCCCGGUAAUAUCCGCGCCUACAACGGAGUCUCCUCCGAGCAUAAGUGGCUAGAGAUGCACACGGGUAAUCACCUGGCUUUCUACUACGACGCGGACCAUAUGGCACGUCAAAGAAGCUUUUUGGACUUCUUUGUGAAGGGAGACGAGAAAUCCGGUAUUCUCUCCAUGCCACGCAUUCGACUCAUCACUCAUCACGGACCGCCAACAGCUAGCAAGAAGAAAUUCGAGUACCCAGGCCUUACAGGUACCUUGACAUUCGAGCUCGAAUCUCCGUUCACCGAGCCCUUCGAGAUUCUCGGGACACCGUACGUUGAGCUCGAAGUAGCCACGGAAGCUGAGGACCAGGAUAUCUUCUUGACUCUACGCGCCCUCAAUAACGUUGGCAAGCCGAUGCUCCUUGAGGGAAACCACAGCGAGGUGAAUGAGCAUUUCGCCAAGGGGUACUGGCGACUCUCGCACCGCGACGAAGUCGACGCGGGUUUCAGAGAUCAGAAGGAUAAGGUGCCCAAGCAGCCGGUUGUUCCUAGGUCGCCGGUCGAGAAGGGUAAAGUGUAUAGUGUUACCAUCCCCUUCCUGCCAGCCGUAUUCCUGUUCGAUCGGGGCCAGAAGCUGUCGCUGGAGAUUGGGGCACAGGACACACUUAGUACGAUCCCGCCUAUGCGACAUGACGGGGGGGAUAGGGAGCCGGGUAGAUUUGGUGGGAAGAAUAUAAUCUUUUCAAAUGGACGGCUGGUCCUCCCGAGAGUCAGGAGGACUGUACCGUGA